UAUGUAUUAUAUAACGUAUAGAGCGUUUGCUAGUCGUUAUUUGAAUAUAGUUGUUUAAUAGCGUGCGCGGAGAAGAAGGGAGAGAUCAUUUUUGCCGUCGCGUCUCGCGUGCGAACGGAGGUACAGCUGCGUGCGAACCGUGCACUGGAGGGAGGAGAUAUAUCAAUCGUAGCAGGUACCAAUUGCGAGGCUUCUUCUUUCAACAGUACAUCGCCUACUCUCAACAACGCCGGGGGAAUGCUCGACCACGUUCGGCAUGGGCAACAUUUCUGUAUGUUGUACGGGAAAAAUGGUGUAUAUUAAUGUCGCCGUCUGCCUGUUAGUUCUUUUGCUUAUGAUCGGAUUAUCCGUGGGACUAAGUGUGAACACAUUUAAAGGCCGAGAUGCUCUCGACUCGGCACCGCUUAUUGAUGGUCACAACGAUUUACCUGAGAAUCUCUAUGAAAAGUUGAACAACAAUUUAUCAGCCUUUCACUUCGAAGACGACCUGAGCAACGACGAUGUCUGGGGAAGAACCGCCUGUUCCGUAUGUUUCACCGACCUGCCUCGUUUAAUUGCAGGAAAAGUAGGUGGACAAUUCUGGGUGGCGUAUACCGGGUGUGAAUCGCAAUACAAGGAUGCCGUGCAACGGACGUUACGGCAGAUUGACGUGAUUAAACGACUGAUCAAGCGAUAUCCGGCCAAUCUGCGAUUAGUUACCGCCGCGGCGGACAUCGAAACCACGUGGAAAAGCGGCAAAAUUGCAUCUAUGAUAGGCAUCGAAGGUGGUCAAUCCUUAGACUCGAGCCUUGCGGUUCUCAGGCUCUAUUAUGAGCUUGGAAUACGCUAUAUUACCUUGACUCAUACCUGCAACACACCUUGGGCCGAUGCAUCAUCUGUAAAUGAUGGAUCUGUGUACAAUCUGACGGAAUUCGGACAAAAAAUUGUUCACGAAAUGAAUCGAAUCGGAAUGAUAGUCGACUUGGCGCACGUGUCGCACAAUGUUAUGAGGGAUGUGCUCGCGGUAACGAGGGCUCCUAUCAUAUUUUCGCAUUCGUCCGCCUUUAGUGUUUGCAACAACUACAGGAACGUUCCUGAUGACGUCCUGCAUUCGGUCAAAGAGAACAAGGGUAUCAUUAUGGUAAAUUUCUAUAGCGGUUUCGUAAACUGCAAUUCUUCAAGAAACGCUACAUUGGAGGACGUCGUAGAUCAUAUAAAUUAUAUACGAAAUCUUAUCGGAGUGGACCACGUUGGUAUUGGUGCAGAUUACGACGGUAUAAAUUCGGUGCCGGAAGGCUUGGAAGAUGUAUCGAAAUACCCCGAUCUAUUCGAUCGUUUGUAUGAAAACAAAGAAGAAGAACCAACGUGGACCAAAGAGGAUUUGGAGAAACUGGCUGGUAGAAACUUUAUACGAGUUUUCCAGGCUGUAGAAACGGUGCGGGAUUCUUUAUUGUCCGAACCACCUCGAGAAGACAUUAUCACUGGAAAUGAAUUAUAUAUCGCGCAAAAGAGAGCAGGACUUAAACCAGGCGAAUGCCAAACUGCAGAUGAAUGGAAAAAUAUAAAUCCAAUAUUAAAAACUGAAUAGGAGAGUACAAAAGAUGCGAAUACGAGUGUUUUGUCGAUGACUCAAAUAAUGUUUCCACAUAAAAUUGAACGACAUCCUCUGCAAAAAUACUAAUAUUAUUACUAAUAUUAGAAUUACUGCGAUUAAAUCCUUUUCUUCUCUAAAAUAAAUAUUUUGAAAUAUUUUCAAAAAAAAAUAUUCUAAAAUAAUGUUGCCAUAUAGAAGAGUGAAAAUAACUUGGUUCUUCGAUAUAUAUAUUGCGCUAUUCGCGUGGCAAUUUUCGCGAAUGAAUUAAAAUAUGUUUAUAAUAUCAAGAUAAAAUAAGAAGAAUAUAAUAAAGAUGCAACUUACAGAAUGGAAAAUAUAUCUAAUAUAAUAUUUCAUGCGUGCUAUAUAAAUUAGAUGUACUUGUUAUCUACUCUUAAAGAUAUCUGUCUUAAGGUAUUAUCUUCACAUCAAAUAAUUUGUCAGCAAUGAUUUAUCUGAUUUAACUGCUCAUCGUGUGAAG